AUGUAUUCUCUCUUCACUACCAAGAUGUUCUCAUUCUCCACUCUCGUGCUUCUUCUCCAGCUAUUCACAAUUAACCUUCGCACUAUAGAUGCUCAAGUUGGCAUGUGUUAUGGUACAUUCGGCGACGAUUUACCUCCGGCAAAUGAAGUUGUCAGCCUUUAUCAAGACAACUGUAUCCAAAAAAUGAGACUCUUUGAUCCUAAACGAGAUGUUCUACAUGCACUGAAUAAUUCAAACAUCGAGCUCAUUCUUGGAAUUCCAAACAUCGACCUUCAACAGCUCGCCACCUUCCCUAACGAGGCUAUUACAUGGGUGCAAAACAAUGUCUUAGAUUUCUUCCCCAAUGUCAAAAUCAAGUACGUGGCAGUCGGCAACGAAGUGAAUCCGGCCGUCGGAGAUACCUAUAAGGUUGCCAAAUACGUUCUACCUGCAAUCCAAAACAUAUACCAAGCUAUUAGGGCUAAAGGCCUUCAAGAUCAAAUUAAGGUCACAACCGUCAUUGACAUGACCAUGUUAGGAAACACUUACCCUCCAUCACAAUCCUCCUUUAAAGCUGAAGUGAAGUCAUACAUCGAACCCAUAAUCGGCUACUUGGUAUAUGCAAAUGCACCUUUGCUAGCAAAUGUCUACCCUUAUUAUGGUUACUCUAGUAGCCCUGAUGACGUAGCACUUUCCUAUGCUCUUUUCACCUCACCGGAUGUUGUCGUAACAGAUGGUGAAUACAAAUACCAGAAUCUGUUUGAUGCUGUGUUGGAUUCAGUGCAUGCUGCAAUUGAUAACACUAAAAUUGGUUAUGUUGAGGUUAUUGUGUCGGAGAGUGGGUGGCCGUCGGAUGGAGGGUUUGGCGCCAGUGAUGACAAUGCAAAGACCUACUUAGAGGGUUUGUUUCGUCGUGCUAAAACAGGUAGCCCUAGAAGACCUUCGAAACCCACAGAGAUCUAUGUAUUUAGUAUGUUUGAUGAGAAUCAAAAGACUCCCGAAAUAGAGAAACAUUGGGGGGUCUUCCAUCCCAACAAGGAAAACAAGUUUCCAAUUCCUUGUGUCAAAUCCACAUAG